AUGGAGCGCUUCAAAGACAAAAAGACGAUCUUGACCGAGAUGUCUGGCUUGAUAUAUGUCAUGUGUGCAUUGGCUGCUCCAUUUUACUGUGCAAGGGUGAUCGCCUCCAAGGAGGAUGGACCUAGCUCCGCCGUGUUAUACUUUGAUGCUGGUAGGGGCUGGGCAGAGGCCGCGAUGCAAUGUUUGUUUUCGAGCUUUGGGAGUCCGCGAAUCGAGUGUAUCAUUACAGCGGUUCUUCUCCAUGAAUAUUACCUGAGGGUCGGCGAUUAUGCUAAGGGAUUCCUGAUCUCAGGCUUCAUCGCGCGACAUGUUCAACUCCUACAGCUGAAUAUGGAGUACGAUGACGACAUCCUGUGUCGGAAGAGUAAGAUGUCAUGGGCUGCAAAGGAGACUAGGAGACGCGUUCUAUGGGCUUGCUAUCUCCUCGAUGCUUCUAUAGAAUGUGGUAUUAACCAGCUUUGCUUAAUAUCCUCCAGCGAUAUUUACGUGCAGCUCCCCUGCUCCGAAGACCUGUUUGUGCGUAACAUCCCAUGCAAUACAGAAAUGCUGACCAGAGGCAAACUACUUCCCUUCGCUGACGCUGCGGUGGUGAGUGCGGCUGAGAAUCUUGAUAUCCGUGCAUACUAUAUUAGAGCAAUGGCUAUCCGCUCCAAGAUCUUGAAAUAUGUCAAGCACUUGGAGGGUGAAAUCCCCUGGGAGGUCACUGAAACUUCUCAGUUUCAUAAACUCGACAACGAAAUCAGGGAGCUCGAUGCUUCCAUUCCGGACAGUCUCAAGAUGUCCGCGGAGAAUAUAUACAUCUUCAAGGCGUCUGGUCGCUUGAACCUGUUUUUUGGCGUGCAUAUACUCAUUGCCCAGACCUUCAAUGACUUGUAUCGUGUUGGUGUAUCACGACUGGUAUUCCCGAAUACAGCGACUAAAUGGAUACGGGAAAACGCACCAGCUGAAUUCAUCAAGCUCUGCCAUCGCACCUGUAUCAGCAAGGCCGCCUAUAUCGGAUCCUUAUUACAAGAUCUCUGGAAUUGCCAUAAGUUGAGCAUCGUCGACCUUCCCUAUGCGGUCCACACACAGAUAUGUAGCAGCGUCCUGGUCACCAGCCUUUCGUCAUGGAGAGAGCCCGAACCUCCGCUGCCUCACAUAUCGCAUAGUGACUAUAAGGAUAUAUUACAGACCAACGUCACAAUCUUAAAGUACCUGCAAAGGUAUAUCAAGGCAGACUUAUACUAUGAGUCGGCGACACAAGCUCUAAAGCACUUCAACACACGAUUCUCAAACGAAACUCCCGAACGCAGAGCAACUAGUUCCAUAAGAGAAACCAGUCCGAUAGAAAGUAACGAUCAUAAUAGACCGUCGCAGUCUUCCUUGGAGCAUAUAUUGAAUCCAUUGGGCACAUAUCCCAUGGCUCGCAAGCAGGUGCAACAUUAUGAUCAGCAACAUGCGCGUGAUGGGACAUCAGACAAGCCGUCAGUCCCGCAAUCAGAUAUUGCGGCCUUCUGCCCAUCUACCGCCGAUAAUCCCGCGAAUAUGGAUGGAUUCUUGGGUUUCCAGGACCAAUCGUUCUUCAGUCAAUUUCCAGACUGGGCACCCGACAUUCCAAUCAUCAGUGACAUGGGAUACCCUACGUUCUUGGAUCAGUACCCUGUCAGUAUUGCUGAUGGGGGCUUAGUGAUCUAG